AUGGAGUUUCUUGAUGGCUCCAUGGACGGCGAUGGUAGACGGAGACGUAUAUUAAGAGGACCAGUUCUUCGUCCACCAGUGGAAGGGGAUGCCUCAGAUAUCAUCGUCAGUGUUGCACCCAUGGAGCAUAGCCUGCACCUUAUGCUUGUGUCGUGGUCUUUACUGGAAGCGAUCGUCAAAGAAAGAACUGGAGCGGUGAAGUAG